AUGAUCUUUACAUACCUAGAUUAUUCAGAAUUUGCUAUAGAUACAGAUGGGAAAAGAAAUGUUACUACAGCAAUAGUUAUAGCUAUAGUGAUCGUGGCAACAAUUAUUGUUGUUUCUUGUGCCUAUUUCUUUUGGUCUAAACGUUCAGAACUAACCAAACAUAUAUGCAUUCAAAUUUCUAUUACACAAGUAGUCAUAGAUUGCAUCUCAGUUAAUAGAACAUCCAAGAAGUAUGACAAGGCAUGGAAACUGUGGAAUGAAGAGGAGAUUAUAUCUUUGAUUGAUCCAGAAAUAUGUAAUCCAGAUUAUGUAGAUGACAUUUUGAGAUGCAUACAUAUUGGACUUCUUUGUGUGCAAGAAAUUGCGAAUGAGAGACCUACUAUGGCAACAGUUGUUUCAAUGCUUAACAAUGCAUUCAUUCAAAGGCAGACUGAGCAUAAAGGAGAGUCAUCUCAGUCUCAACUCUCAACAUAG